UGGAAGUUCACGCAUGUCCAUGUCGGCUUUUUGCGAGAUUACACAUACACUUCCUCUAUGAGUAAACUUUUGAGUGCCUUUCGACUGUGUAUAGCCAAGAUGGAUUUUUCAUUGACAUUACAGAUCCUCAUUUUAUAUAGUGUACUAUGGAAUAACGAAGUUUCCUCGGCACCUAGACAGAAGAGAUUAAGCUUAGCUUCGCAAAUGCCUAGCUAUUACUUUACAAAUAUCGAUGGUCAUCCAGGCACAUAUUCAUUCGGCUAUAAUGUUCAAGAUCCAAAUACAGGAAAUAUUCAGUAUCGUUCAGAAGAGAAGUUUCCAAAUGGAACAGUCAUUGGUAGCUAUGGGUACGUCGAUCCGAGGGGAAAGGCACGACGAUUUGACUAUGUAGCAGAUGAAAAGGGAUACAGAAUAAUGAAGGAAGCACCCCACAAACAAAACUAUGUAGAUCAAACCAUCAUAGUGAAUAGUUCUAGUGAAACAUCGGUAUCGUGGUCGCGUCCGAGGAAACCAAACAAAAAGAAAGUGGAAAAGAUAAUAAAAAAACCUGCGGAAGUCUUGGAGCCACCUUAUUAGAUAUUAGCUGUCCUUCGAAUAUUCAUUGGGGCUAGUAGUUUUACUAAUGAUACAGUAAUUAAUAUAAAUAAACGUAAUAAUUUAUUAUGAAUUUAUUCUUGUUGUCAUUGUAAAUAUUACCAAUGAGUCAAUUUAUAAAGUAUUAAAAAGGUUUCAACCUCUGACCAUUUGGGAAAAUUGGCGUAUAUUUUGUCAUUUAUAAUAAACGACAUGACUGACAUUCGUAAUUAACCGAAUACACUUUUUAUAAAUACAAGAAGAUUUUGAUAAUUUAAUAUAUAGGAAUUGAUAUUCGAAAAUAAUGAUAAGGCAUGUAAAAAUCGUAUGCUUAUUGCUGCUAUUUGCAGAAGUUAAAGGUAGGUUUUUUUUUUAAUUGAAAAAAUAAAUAAAUAACUAAAUAGAAAAUAAAGACACGACGAAUAUUAAAAAAGUUUCACGAGAAGAAGAAAUCUUUUAAAUAAGUUUUUGGUACAAGUAAAACUAAAUCGCAUUUAAAACAUUUGCUAUCAUCUCUGAUUUUUAGGUUUUCCUAUUAAGGAUGAGGUUUCGAAUAAUAUUGAGUUCAAAAAUGAAAAACGAUAUCCUAACGGUACGGUCAUAGGAAUAUAUACAUAUAAAGAUAACGAAGGCAACCCUGUUCAUGUGAAAUAUUUCGCUGACGACUCAAGUUAUGGGUAUAUAUUUGAAUGUAUUAAAGUAUCAUGUUUUAAAUUAAAUCUAAUGGUCUUGCAGACAGAGCUGGUGAUAAAAAUGUUUAGCUUACCAAAGUAGUAAUCUAAUGAAAUUUCAACAGUAGAGUUUAAACUUGAAAAUUACUACAUUGAAAUAUUUUUUUUUCUAUUUCUAUUUGCCUACUAAAUCCAACUAAGUUACAGUAAUAACUAAGUUUUUCGAUAAACUAGGUUUUUUUUUCCUUUCAGCGUCGAACUUAAAAGUGCUAAAUUUAUCAAAGCAGAUUCUGAUAAUCUGGGCAAAUUGAAUUUACCAAAAUUCAAUAACAUGAUAUCAACGGUCGACAUAUUUCAGCAAUUAGAUGAUUUGAGUACAGCUAACGCAAUACUGGAUAAAGAAUUCAAUAAAAAUAAAACAUACAGUCCUGAAGAACUGCCCAAUUACUACCCAAAUAAAAUAAAUCGCUUUAAAGAAAGUAACAAAGCAAAUGAUGAUUAUGAGAUAUUCUUAGAGAACGAUCUUAAACCUGCGGCGAAGUGUAACAAAGAAAAAGUAAAAGUGUAUUUAGAUAAAAAUAAAAGGAAAACUAGGAAUGCGUUUUAUCAGUACCAACCAUCAGAUUAUUGUGGACGAUUUCAAAAGGUAUUAAACAUAUUUUAGGUUAUUGAUUUGUAUUAAUUUAUUAUAGUUAUUGCAAAUAAAAUUUAAAUAAAUUUUUUUAUUCACAUUUUAUUUUAAUGUUAAUACUGUACAAGUAAAAUUACUAAUGCAACAAAAAUUGCGUGCUGCGUAUUAAGCUUGAAUUAAAAUGCACACACUAAACUUUGAGAAUCUUUUCUUUGACAUUAGAAGCAUCCUUGCGGCAGAAAUCCCAGAGCACAACCUAGUUCUACAAAAACAGCUAAUGGAUUCUAAUUUUGCUUGUUGAAGUUCUACUCACUCCUAGAUUUCCGCUUACAAAAGUGAAUAUUGGCCAUGUUCAGGGGUAAACAUUUCAAAUGUUUAUAAUUUUGUUGUUUUUCAGGGGUAUAUAUUUUAAAAUUGUCGUAAUUUUGCUGUUCUUCUAAUAAAAUACACGAAGGUAUUAAAAGAGUAAAUUGCGACCAAUAACCACAAUUGUUAUAAGUAUUUCAGUCACAAAAAACAUAUGUACAAGUGUUUAGUGACAUAAUGUAAUGUCCAGUAAGUGUUCCAAUGCGUGUCUUGUUUAACAAAUACCGGAUUUUUGUGUCGUACUUUACUAUUGGAAUUGUUUACUUAUGCUAAUAUAACCUUAGACGGAUCUGUUUCAUGUUUCGCAUAUAUUUAUAAGUAUAGCGAAAGUGGUGUUUUACUUGUGACGGGUUUGUGUUGUUACUUGUUACGGUUAGGACUGGCGGUGAAUAUAAAACUGCAUGAGUUACAAUAUUGGAUCGGAUAGAUCGCAGAUUAUUAUGUUCAUACUCUAAAUACGUAUAUUUAUUUAUUUAGAUAUAAGUUUAAGUUUUUAUUUGUUUUGUUUUAAAUGUAAUAGUUGACGGGCAAAGCCGAUGUUUUUGUUGUUGAGCUGAAGUUGAGUUGAAAUAAUUUCAUCUCAAAGGCACAGAUUUAAUUUAUGGCAGUAACAAGUAAGAAAUAAAACACUAAACUUGGAUUUAUGGAAACUGUCUUUUCUUUUUGCUUUAUCAAUGUAACUAUGUACUAUUUAGAUAUUAAAUAAAAAAAGCCUGCAAUAAAUUGCGUUUCUUUUAUUUUAUUUGGUUAGUAAACUUAGAUCUAGUAGGUAUCAGAAAAAUAAUAAAAUAACAACAUAGAAAAAUAAAUGUAGCCAGUUACAAGUUUUCACAUAUCAUCAUUUAUCAUCAUUAACGACCCAUAUUCGGCUCACUGUUGAGCACGAGUCUCUUCUCAGAAUGAGCAGGGUUAGGCUAAUAGUCCACCACGCUGGCCUAAUGCGGUUUGUCAGACUUCACACCUUUGUUACCUCCACCGAUUGAGACACGUGAUAUUUUAUUUCUUAAGAGCGCGCAGCGCGUUGGUACAAUUCGAAUUCGUAUUCGUCAAUUCGUAUUCGAUUUCGUAUGGAUAAAAUUCGAAGCGCAAACAAGACGCCGAAUUACGACUUUCACGUGAGUGUAAAGCACGGAGCGAUUGACGCGCGACGCAAAUUUUAUGACGUGAGCGCCAAAACCAUUUUUACCUAAUUGCAAGUAAAUUAAACUACAUAACGAAAAACAAAAUGGCCAUGUUCAAGAUAUAAUUCUAAUUUUCUAUACUAAACAAAAAUUUAAGAAAAUAAGUUUGCUUUUUUAGAGAUUGAAAGCAAAAUGUGAGCAAAACAUGUAUUUUUCAAAAAAAUAAACUAUCGAGAAAUGUUUUACAAAUUGUGUAUUUUGUAUAGUCAUAACGUAGCUAACACUUUGAAAUAUCAUUUACCCAAAUGUCAGGCUCCUAACUUUUCCAGAAUCUGAGAUCCAGAACCAUUUGUAACCACCAAAUUACAUAUUGCACACUCUUAACUGAAAAGUUGGAGGAGCAUGCGCCGGAGCUGAUUCGAACCUACGCCCUCCAUAUCGAACUUAUUCUUAUUUUUUACUAUAUCUAAUUGAACUGAUAAAACUCGCUUUUAUUAGCUUGUAAUAACGAUAGCAUUAUACUUGUUUGCGAUUGUUAUGUAUUACGUGUGUACUAUUACGAUUGCGUUACACAAUAAAGGAAUCUUGCAUGAGUAAAGAAUUUUACUAUGAACUAGCAAACUUCGAGUACAAACACGUGCUCUUAUUUGUUCAAAAGUUAUAAUUACCUACUGUACAAUUAUCUGGACCAGUUGUUUUAGCGCAUAUGAUUGUGCUAUGCACCGGUGGCGAUGAUUCAAGUCAGUAAACGAACCAGUUGGCCUAUUCACUAUUUUGGUCUUUAUUAUCAACCAAUUAAUAUAAACAUCAAAUCAAUUGAGAAAUGUCAUCUACAUAGUGUAUAACCAGCGCCGGCCCGAUGUUAAUUUUAAAAUGGAGCGAGAUCCAAUAAUGGCGCCUCUCCUGUUUGCUCCUAAUAAUAUGCAGAUACCUAUACCUACUUAUAAGUAUAAAGUAAGAACGCGAUGAUCUUGACCAUACACUGGGGUGACCAAUUGAAAAUGAGGUGCUGUACCGUCUACGGUUGACUAGGAAUAUCAUUCAGGCGCUCUCUAGGAUUUGGCGCCUGAGACGACUGCUCUGUAUGCCGUAUGGAAGGGCCGACCAUGAUGAUGUAAACAUCGGAGGACAGUUUUACAUAGAAUCUCAAUUUUGUAUACGUCAAUUAGCAUAAGAUAGUGAAUAGAGUAGAGUUUUUAUUUUGACUUAGAUAACAAAACCAAUGUUGAAUCCUUCAUGCUUAAAUAUUGAUUUUGUUUUUCAAGCGUUUUUCUGCGACAAGUUAGCCCUUGACAGCUAUCUCAACUGUCCCUGUAGCUAAGUGGCAUGUCGAUUCUCUUUUUACGAUCGCAAACGCUUCGAACACUAGAAAAAUGUAUGGGAAUGACAUCUGCUAUCGACAGGUCACGUGAUCAAGAUCUGUCAUUUUACCAGACCUUGACCUAUACACUUAAAUCUUAAACUGAACUGUGCUGGAAAUCAAUUCCAGGACCUCAGUGUUGUGAACCACAGUACUACUGCGCCCGAGAGAUCGUCACAUUUAUACUGGAUGAGAGAUACGUAGAAAAUAAUGAGUCUCGAGAUUUUACAAGUUAGCCCUUGACUACAAUCUCACCUGAUGGAAAGUGAUGAUGCAAUCUAAGAUGGACACGGGCUAACUUGUUAGGAGUAGGUGCCACCCCUUUCGGUUUCUACACGAAAUCGUACCGGAACGCUAAAUCUCUUGGC